AUGUUGCCUGCGCGAAAAGCCAAGUUGACAGCGCGGAUGAGACUGGCGUCAGACGAAAAUGCCGACAAGUACUUCCCCGACAAGAUGACGAGGAUAGAGAAUUGGUUGCACAAUGUUGAGAGUCAUUCGAAUGCCUCGGAAGUAUCGGCUACUGGCGUCAAGGACCGGCGACCGUCGGAAAUCGCUAAGUUGGAGACUCUCAGAGCCGCGCUGGAAAAAUUUGACACGAACCUUGAUUUAAACAAUGGUUUUAGUGGGAGUGCAGCUAGACAGAGGUCAAGAGGACAUGACACGCCUGCGCCCUCAAGGACUCGCACCUACAUCCGGCUAGACCUUCCGCUUCCUGUUCGCGUGUACCGGAAGCACUGUAAGCGGCUUAAAGUGCUUCCCCUUCGCAGAGUGCUCGGGCAAUUUGGACGUCCAAGAAUUAUUCUGAACGACUUGUGUAUGUCGUUGUCGGAUGUCCGUGCAGCAUGCAAAGGCCUGGCAUACGAGACAUCCGCCGCCUACCUGGACGUAUCCGGCAACAGUCUGGGGGCCGUUGGCGUCAGCCACUUGCUACAGAUGCUUGCGGAAAAUAAACAGUACAUAGAAGUCCGAAUUGCUGACAACUGCCUGACAGGGAACGGCAUUCUCUUGGUGAGCCACCAUUUCCUAGCGCAUCACGUUAUCACUGUGCUCGACAUUUCCGGUAAUCGCCUCACCGACACGGAUGGUACCGCAGUCGCAAACAUUAUAAAGGCUAGUCCCCAGCUGCGCGUAUUGCACGUCCAUCAUAACGAGUUCUGUGACACAGCCGGGAAAGUCAUCGGCAAAGUCAUAGCCAAUCACAAGGGCCUGAAGGAGCUUGACAUAAGUUGGAACCACCUCCGCCAGCGAGGGGCCAUCGCUUUCUGCAAAGGGGUCGAGAAGAACACGUCGAUCGAAUACUUGAAUAUUGGUUGGAACGGUUUCGGAUUCGAGGGAUGCGUGGCCAUGGCGGACGCGCUCCGCCGGAACUGCACACUCGAAAAGCUCGAUUUCACGUGCAAUAGAAUACAUCCGCCUGCCCUCCUCGAGCUCAUGAAGGGUCUGCUUAGCAACAAGAUUCUGAGGGUUCUAGUCCUUGACAAGAAUCCGAUCACGCCGUCGUUUGCCACUGUGCUGCUGGAGGGGAUCAUGAAGACGCCCAGCAUCGCCCUCGAGGAGCUAAGCUUACAGGGUAUUGUUGUGGACAAGGAUUUCCAGGGCGUGUUGGACACCAUUCACCAGGGACGAGGCUUCAGUGUCGAGUAUGAGACGUCACUUCCGGUCACAAGCCGCAACAGGAACGACAUGCUGAAAGAGAUUGAGAUGCGGAGCACGUACAAUAUCGAGCCACUGCGGAUGCUGUACUUGCUGAAGGAACGGAACCGCGCACAAGACUUCUUCCACAAGAUCAAUAAGGAUCACAAUGAUGGGCUCACUCCGGACGAGCUUGCCGCUCUCUUCAAGGAAUCUGGGAUCCCGGUUGCCCGGUUUGUUGUUGACAAGAUCAUGAACUUCAUGGACACGGACGGCGAUGGCAAGAUUGACCUCGGAGAGUUUCUGGUCGGUGACAAGAAGAUCAAGAGAUUAUCACGUGAUCUCGCCCGGAAGUCGAUAUCGGAGGAGGCUCAUUACAGUCGCUACUCGAGGACCUUCCGGCAGGCGCACAUACAGAACCUCACGUCCAGGCUAAAGGUUGAGGAGGCGCAGAAUUACCUCUCACCGAUAACGUCCCUGACGCCUUCGCCCGCCAGCAGCCGCCGCUCGUCUGUCAACUACCCAUGAUAGAAAUUCACGUCGCCAGCGUCUCUAUGGCAACCC